GGUGGGUCUGGGCCUGGAGAGUGAAAGCGAAAGCUGGGGCUGCUAUCCCAGAUUCGAGAGCUGGCAACUGGGGAAGCAUGGCCAAGCCUUGUGGGGUUCGCUUGAGUGGAGAAGCCCGUAAACAGGUGGAUGCCUUCAGACAAAAUCUUUUCCAGGAGGCUGACGACUUCCUCUGCACUUUCUUGCCACAGAAAAUCAUAUCCCUGAGUCAGCUCUUGCAAGAGGAUUCCCUCAAUGUGGCUGACCUCUCCUCCCUCCGGGCUCCUCUGGACAUCCCUAUCCCAGAUCCCCCACCCAAGGAUGAUGAGAUGGAAACCGACAAGCAGGAGAAGAAAGAAGUCCCUAAGUGUGGCUUCCUCCCUGGGAAUGAGAAGCUUCUGGCCCUGCUUGCCUUGGUUAAGCCAGAAGUCUGGACUCUCAAAGAGAAGUGCAUUCUGGUAAUCACAUGGAUCCAGCACCUGAUCCCCAAGAUUGAGGAUGGAAAUGAUUUUGGGGUGGCAAUUCAGGAGAAGGUGCUGGAGAGAGUGAAUGCUGUCAAGACCAAAGUGGAAGCCUUCCAGACAACCAUCUCCAAGUACUUCUCAGAGCGUGGGGAUGCUGUAGCCAAGGCCUCCAAGGACACCCAUGUAAUGGAUUACCGGGCCUUGGUGCACGAGCGAGAUGAAGCAGCCUAUGGGGCGCUUAGGGCCAUGGUGCUGGACCUGAGAGCCUUCUAUGCUGAGCUUCAUCACAUCAUCAGCAGCAACCUAGAGAAAAUUGUCAACCCAAAGGGUGAAGAAAAGCCAUCUAUGUACUGAGCAAAGGAUUAGAAGGAAAAUAAAUGAUUUAUACUUUAUGCAUAUUA